ACCAAGACCUCAGCGCAUGUAGAGAGUUUGAUCACGCACAAGGAAAAACCGUGGCUCCGUCUCCCCGCGUUCUCGAAUAUCUUCUGCGCCGCGGGCGGCUGCCACGUCCUACAACCAUGGCUCUCACUACUGUUGAGCGUCCGUCUCGUCCGUCAAAGAAACAGGGCAAGCCAAAAACAUUCGAGCCGCCCCCAGAGGUUAUAAUCACACCAUACCAGGCAGGUCCCAUCGAAAAUGACCCGGAGCCUUAUUUCUUUGAAGGCGGCCUGCGGAGAGUCAAGCCCUACAACCACACAUACAACACAAACUGUAAAGAGCGAUGGCGCGGACGAGAGAUCCUCGACAUCUUCGCCAGCGAGUUCAGAGACCGGUCGAUGGAGUAUUACAAAAAGUCCAUUGAGACUGGCUUCGUCGUAGUCAACGGCAAGAAAGUCCCCACCGACCACAUUGUGAGAAAUGGCGACGUGAUCAGCCAUACCCAACACCGCCACGAGCCCGCCGUGUCUGCCCAGCCCGUCGGCAUCGUCUACGAAAAUGACGAUAUCAUGGUUAUCAACAAGCCUGCCGGCAUCCCCGUGCAUCCCGCCGGCCGCUACCUGCACAACUCGAUCAACGAGAUCCUGCGCUCCGAGAAACGCGUCCCCUACCCGAUGCCCGUCAACCGCCUCGACCGGCUGACAUCCGGCAUCAUGUUCUACGGCAAGCACAGCCGCGCCGCCGAAGACCUCGGCAAGCAGAUCCGCGACCGCACCGUGAAGAAGGAAUACGUCGCCCGCGUGGUUGGCGAGUUCCCCGAGGGCGAGAUUGUGUGCGAGCAGCCCAUCCUGCAGAUCAACCCCAAGCUCGGGCUGAACCGCGUGCGAGCAAACGGCAAGGACGCCCGCACCGUCUUCAAGCGCCUGGCCUACUACCCUCACCGCACCGGCAUGGCCGCCGAGCAGGACGUCAAGAGCGAGGAGGAGGCGCGCGCCAUGGGCAUGGCCUGGAAGCGCUUCCGCGGCUACUCGAUUGUGCGCUGCAUGCCGCUCACGGGCCGCACGCACCAGAUCCGCGUGCACCUGCAGUUCCUCGGCCACCCGAUCUCCAACGACCCCAUCUACUGCAACCAGCGCGUGUUCGGGUCCGAUCUGGGCCGCGGCCACACCUCGAGCGAGGACGAGGACGACAUCAUCACGCGGCUGAGCCGGAUGGGCAAGGACGAGGUUGCCGACGCCGUCGCGUACCACGACGAGAUGGUCGACGCGUACAACGAGCGCAAGGCCGAGAAGAUGACGGGCGAGAUCUGUGAGCGCUGCAACACGCCGCUGUACAGCGAUCCGGGCGUGCACGAGCUGGGCAUCUAUCUGCAUGCGAAGAAAUACGCCUGUAUGACGGGCGCGUGGAGCUAUGAGACGCCCUUGCCGCAGUGGGCGCUGCCGCCGAGUGGCGCGGACGGGCCAACGGAUGUCACGGCGGAGAGCGAUCCGCUGGCCGUGGACUUGGGGAAAUUGGGCUUGGAAGACCCGGCGCACGCGGGGGAUGCAGGGGUGAAGAAAUGGGUCGCGGACGCGGACGGGGACACGGAUGUGAAGGAGAAGGAAGCCGUGAGUGGGGAAGGAAACGAACUGGUCGGAAGCGAGGUGGCAUGUACACCGCCAGCUACACAAGACCAGGCAGCAAGCACAGUAUAGGUCAAUCAUAAAAGUCGUUGUUCCUGUCCAUCUUUCUCCCUGGCAUACACAAUACAUACAGAU